AACAGUAUUACUCCGCAAACAAUUGCGUCAUUCUCCUUCCACUAAAAACAAUAGUCCUUUCGGUGUGUUUGAAUUUCAAUUAAAAUUAUUUUAACAAUCGGAUCAAGGAUCUAAGUUUAUAGAAAUGUCCCUCGGAGUUCUCUGCUUAAACCGAUUCAUAUAUAAACCACAGUAGAUCGAUGUAAACACAAAAUCAUAAAUAAGAUCCGGCUACACGCACAGGAAGCUAGGGGAUACUCAUGGCGCCCGACUAGAAAGAAGCAAGUAUUUUCUUAUACAGACAACCGCCGAAUUUCAACCUUCCGCGUAAAGGAUCGCCCGAGCUUUAUAUACACGUGAUGGAUUCAGAGGAGAAUGAGGUGGAGAGUAGUAGUGAUGCUGGACCGUCUGGGAUGGAGGAGCCCUCUGAGAGUGGCAUGGGCAUGGAGUCAUCAGAGGCCAUGUCUGCAGACAGCAGUGAUGCUGCUGCCUCCCACACACCUGCCCCAGAGUCUGACUGCCAUGUGGGCCAGAGCUCAGAGGGGCUUGAGGUGUUUAUACCAGAGACAAGUUCCAGUACAGAUGCCCGUGUGUCGUCAGUGCACCUCCCAGACUCCUCGUCGGUCGCCCAGUCCACCAGUGUGUCCAGUGUGUCCACAGUCACUCAAUCUGUGCUGGUGUCUGAGUCGGCCCAGGUCGUGGUCCACUCCAGUGCUGUCCCAGAUGGAGCCAUGAUGGUUUCAGACUCCACUGCUUCUACCUCAUCGGACUUGGGCUCUGCCAUCGACAAGAUCAUUGAGUCCACUAUUGGCCCUGACAUUGUGAAUGGCUGCAUCGCUGUCACCAGUGCUGAAGAUGGUGCUGCAGAAACAACACAGUAUUUAAUUUUACAAGGACCAGAUGAUGGUGCUCCUGUGGCAGCCCAGAUGUCAUCAUCUGCCUUAUCAGGUCGCAUAGCCAUAGAAGCUCUCAGUGAAGGCCCUACAUCCACAUGUUUGGAUCAGAGAGACCUGCAGCGAAACCUGGAACCAGACCAGCCAGACGACCAGCCGGGACCCUCAAGCUACCCAGAGGACAGCAGCAGUCAACCGGACCAACCGGGGCACUCCCACCCCUCCUUGUACAUAGAGUGCAGCACAGAUGGCCCUGAUCAGACUGGAGAGUCCUCCUCUUCUUACGUGGGGUGUUCAGGUCAGGAGCCAGACCAGACCCGCUCUCAGUCUGGUUUCCCUGACUACAGUGGAGAUAACAGUGACCAGGACCUGCCUGGAUAUGUAGAAUGCAGUGGAGCUGACUCAAACCCCACCAGCCAUAGUCACUAUGUGGUGGAGUGUAGUGGGGGUUAUCAGGAUCAAACUCAUUUGCGCAGUUACAUUGACAGCAGUGCAGACCACAAGGCUCCAUCCAGUCGGCAGUAUGGAGCUGAAUAUGGCGUGGGGUGUGUGGACUCUGAGCAGCCCGGAUGUUCUCAGUACCAGGCUCGAGAUGAUGAUGACGAUGAUGAUGAUGACGAUGAUGAUGAUGAUGAGCAAAUGGAUGGCCCUGACCAGCCCCAGCACUCCCAGCAGCCACCACAGCACUCUGGUUAUACAGAGAACAGCAAUGACCCAGAGGCUUCUCUGUAUGCUGAAGAGAGCUCCUCCUCAGACCAUCCUGUGGCCGACACGGCCGGCUCCCGUGGCCUUCCUGAGGCACUUGAAUGCAGUGAGAGCCAGUCUGGGCCUUAUAUCAGCAGCAGCUGCACAUACACCCCUCAUUCAGAGCCUGAACCCACCCCUCAGUGCUCAUAUAGUCAAGGAGGACCUCAGGACACCCAAGAACAGGAGCAUGGAGCUGGGAUACCCCAGCAAAUGGAUACACCCACAAUGGCACAGGGUUCAGGGUACCAGCCGCUUAAUCUGGAAGACAUGAUGGAAGUGGUGAUUGUACAACAGUUUAAAUGCAAAAUGUGUCCAUACAAAAGUACAUCCAGAAAUACACUCAUUAACCACAUGCGGGACAAGCACUUCAAUAAUGCAGGAGAUAUGCCAAAGAAGCGUAAACGUGGGCGACCCUCAAAGAGUGAAACAUUGGCCCGACGUCAGGCUGAGCUGGAGCGAGUGGAGCAAAUUAAGGCGAAGCAGGAGCAGGCAGCUCAGGUCCAGCCUGCAGAGGAGGAGGAUGACGACAUUGUGGAUGCUGGUGCCAUCGAUGAUUCUGAAGAGGAUAGUGACUAUAACCCAGUUGAUGAAGACUGCAAAGGAAGACCACCUGCUCUUCUUAAAAAGCCUGCACAACCAAAAUCCUUCUCUGAGGGCCGUCCCAAACGCAAAGUGGGACGACCACGAAAGUAUACUCCACCGGAGGAAGGAUCUAAUAGUAAAGAAGCAGACAGUAUUGUUAAUAUGUCAAGACAUACGGACACAAGUCCACCUGAAGAGGCUAGCUCCUCUGGUGUGGACACUGGACCUGCUGAGCUGAUUACAGAAGAUGCAGCAGAAAUGGCCAUAAGCCAGUCGGACUCUGAGAACAAAGAUCCUUCCUCCAUCUCUCAGCCUGGGGAGGAAUUCCUUCCAAAGAAACGAGGACGCCCCUCAAAACACUUCCUGCGAAAAAAAUACAAGAAAUAUAUUAAUCGCAAUCGAUACUACAAAUCCUUGAAACCACUGCAAAGACCCCACAACUGCUGGAUUUGUGGCUCACGGUUCCUCACUCAAGAAGAUUUGAGAUUCCAUGUAGAGUCCCAUGAAGGCAAUGAUCCUGAACUGUUCAAAUGCCUCCAAUGCAACUACCACUGCAAACGGUGGACAUCUCUAAAGGAACACAUGUUUAAUCAUGAAGGUACAAAGCCCUUCAAGUGUGACGAGUGUGAUUAUACAAGUGUCUACAAGAAGGAUGUGCUUCGGCACGCAGCUGUCCACAGAAAAGUAAAAAAGAAACCAGAUACGGGUUCAAAAACAUCAGAGUUCCCCUGCCCUAUUUGUCACAAAGUUUAUCCACUGCAAAAGAGACUGACCCAGCACAUGAAGACGCACAGCUCCGAGAAGCCUCACAUGUGUGACAAGUGUGGGAAAUCUUUUAAGAAACGUUACACAUUUAAGAUGCACCUUCUGACGCACAUCCAAAGUCUUGGAGAGAACAAAUUCAAAUGUGAGUUUUGUGACUACACCUGUGACAACAAGAAGCUGCUUCUUAACCAUCAGUUGUCCCACACCAAUGAUAGACCCUUCAAAUGUGACUACUGCAAAUAUGCCACAGCUAAAGAGGAGUUUCUUGUCUCUCACAUGGCUAUCAAACACACAGGGGAGAAGCCUUUCUCUUGCAGCAUGUGUCACUUCAUGACCAAGCACAGAAAGAACCUCCGUUUGCAUGUACAGUGUCGGCACCCUGAUGCGUUUGAGGAGUGGUCCCAGGCUCACCCCGAGGAGCCCGCCCAGAAACGACGCAAACCCUUCUUUACUCUGCAGCAGAUUGAGGAGCUCAAACAACAGCAUGAGAACAUACAGGGCCUGCAAAAUACUAUUGUUGCAGUAGAUCCAUCAACUCUGCAAGCAAUACAAGGCAUGGAAAAUGCUGCUGUUACCCAAGAUGCUUUAGGAAACACUAUUAUCUAUGAGCAAGGUGAAUCUGGGGACCUUUCAGCUCAGAAUGCUCUUGACCUGCUGCUGAACAUGAGUAAUGCUCGAGAACUAGUAGGAAACUCUUUACAGGUUGCUGUGUUAAAUCCUGAUGGUAAAGAAAAGGGUACGUGGACAGUUACUUCAGCUCCAGGGGCAGCCUCUGGUUCAGCACCAAAGAUCGUCACUGUUCAUGUGUCUGAGAAUGGUGAAACCGUGCUACAGGAGGCCUAUGAAGAAACUACCCCCCAGUCUGAAGAAAUCACUCAGAUCACCAUUGGGGACUAUGAGAGUGAAGACUACAAUGUUGUGGAGCAAUCAACAGAGGACAUCCACAGUACUGGUGUUAAUGAGAAGACUUCAUCCCAAGACAAUGCUAAAAGUGAAAAGUUCUACCUUACUGCAGCUCUGCCUGAAGGUGUUUUGCAACAAGUUGAGCUGAGCAGUGAUGCCCCAGCCUCCCCUUCAGCUGUGAGCUCACCAGGUCCCAACACUAAAAGGUUUUCCUGUCGCAUUUGCAUGGAGUCCUUCCAGGGGCGUUCUGACAUGGAGAACCACAAGAGGGCACACAUAGACCCCAACACAUUUAAAUGUGCUGAUUGUGACUUUACAUCAGCCUCCUGGCUUGAGGUCAAGAGUCACAUGGAGCUGCAUUCUUACUUGCGUCCUCACAAAUGUCCAAGCUGCAGCUUUGCCUCCAAGAACAAAAAAGACCUAAGGAGACACAUAAUGACUCAUACCAAUGAGAAGCCGUUUUCUUGCAGCCAAUGUGGGCAAAGGUUCAAACGUAACGGUCAUUUGAAAUUUCAUAUGGAGCGCCUCCACAGCCAGGACAAUCACACCCGUAAGAGCACCUCCAGUACUUCACAAACAAUAAUAGUUAAUAGUGACGAGGAAGCCCUGGCCACUCUCCAAACAUUGCAGAGUCAGACAGUCAUUUCUCCGGAGCGACUCCAGGCUUUGGGACAGGAGCAUAUCAUUGUUUCCCAGGAACAGGCUGGAUCAGACCAGGAGGAAGGCACAUACAUAACCAUUGACAGCCAGGCAGUUCAGCAUCUAGUCACUGAUGACAACCAGGUGACUGAGGUUCAAUACAUCAUUGCACAAGACGGAGUUUCACACUUAAUUCCUCAGGAGUAUGUGGUGGUAGCUGAUGGGAACCAGAUCCAGAUGCCAGAUGGACAGAUCAUUCAGUAUUCAGAACAGGAUGGGACUUUUGUGCAAGGGCAGAAGAUUGCGGUGAGUCACAAUGGUCAAAUCCAGUACCUCCCUGUCACCUCGGAGCAGCAGGUGGUCAGUGCUGAAGAGUUGGAGGCAGCAGCACAUUCGGCUGUCACAGCAGUUGCAGAUGCAGCCAUGGCCCAGUCGCAAACGGUCUACACAGAGGCCACACCGGAACAACUGGAGCAACUGCAGCGACAAGGCAUCCACUACGACGUCAUCACCUUCUCUGAAUGAGCCGCGCACAACUUAGAACACUAAAGCUGCAGAGAUCUCCUGUUAUAUAUGCAUCUACAAACUGAACUUAAGGGUCUCCUCCACGCCUGCUGGGGGCAUUGCACUGGUUGAAAUACAAAUCGCCUUUUGUACAUUUAGAUUGUUGCACCUGUUUCUCUUAAUCAUGGGGCUGUUUAAUCUGUUUUUAAUUAAUGAAGAGUUUAUGUGCCUCGGAAGACUUCAUUUGCAAGACAAUGUUUUGAAAGGAAAUGGAAUGUUUAUAAGAAGAGUAUUUAUGUUAAUUAAUUGUGGAAAAAAAAUGUGUCUGCUUAUUAUCAUGUACAUACAUUUUGCAUUUUCUUUUACUCUAGGGGAGAAAAGAUGUUUUGAGUUAGUCCAUAGUCAUAAGAACCAGAGAUGACGACAAUAAAUAAUUUUACAUAGACAACUGACUAUAAUUAUUGAAUGAUGCUGUACUGUUCAUCAACUGUCAGAGCAAAUACUUGAGUCAGUGAGGUAUACUGCACUAUACUUAAGUGGAGUACUGUAAGAAUUGCCCAACCUGAAUAAGAACCUUCCUGUAAGGGGAGAGUCCCAGCCUCUUGUCACCAUGCUGUUGGUUUUAACAAUCCAUUUAUGUACUUGACACGUACCAAAAUAUUUGUUGUAUACUAGUGUUUUUAGUUUUGCAAUACUUGGGUAAAUUACCAUGAUGCCUUAUCAAGAAAAGAAAAAUAUAUUCUAUAAAAUAAAUGCUAUGGUGUAUGCAUGAUAUUUAUACAUGAUUAUUUCUGCAGAAUAUAUUUCCCCUCUGAACUUGUGUUUUUAGGAGGGGCCUCAAACCUCAGCACACUAAAGGCAUAGCAGAUGAGACUGAAAAACAGAAGUAGCCGAUUCAAGAUGAAGUUUGCCUUUGUUGUUGUUCUUUUACUGAGCAUUUCUUAUGCACACGGACAACAGAGCAUUGAGGAGUCCCCAAACAUUUUGUUGAGAUUGUCUUUUCCUCCAUUUUACAACUCAUACUUCAAAUCGUGCUGUAAGUUAUAUCCAGGAGGGUGCUACUUACUUCUGAACAGUAAUGGAUACGUGUGCGAUUUUUUAAGAGGCAGAGUGACCCAGAACCAAGGCGAUGGAUGGCUCCAGUUCACUAUUUCAAAUGCACAUUUCAGUGAUCAGGGAUUUUACAGGUGCACUGUCAUGGGGACCCCAAUCUACUCAGACUAUUAUGUGGAAGUGAAAGAUACUUCUGAUCAUCUGUUAUCCCAUAAACCCACCACUAAAUCUCAUGGCAUCUCUACUGACCGGGAGCCAACUGAAGCUGUCCUGGAACAAGACAUGAGUGAUACUCUUAGAGAUCCCUGGAGUGUCCCUCUCCCUGCUGCUGUCUCUAUGGCAGCAGUGAUUUGUAUCUCGUCACUGACUGCUUUGGUUUUCUGCUGCGUGAAGGCAAAACAGAAACAGUCCAACACAAAACAUGCUGACUCACCUCCGACAGACAUAGCCUCAGUGAAACAGGAUCAUGUGGAAAUCAGUGCAAUCAUUUACACAACAGUGGAUUUUCAAGCUCACCAAAAUCCUACACAAAUAUAUGAAAAUCUGAGGGCGCCAAAAAUACAAGGUCACCGUGCUCCGCAGCAUGCUGGCAAUGUGGAGUACUCUACAUUGGCAGUCCAUCGACAUCCAUGACUUAAUGGUAAUUUUUCAUUGCCUCUGGAUCAGUGGGUUUAAAAUAGGCCGGGGCUAGAACAGCAACAGGAACAUUUUGUGGUAGAAUGACAAUUGAUUUAGUGCUCUUUUAGUUGGAGCCUCAUCUAAUCCUACUUUUCUCUGUUGUAUUCUGUUUUUGUUCAGAUCAUGUUUAGUCCAAUCAGUUUAGGCCCUGGUCUUGAAAUAGUGAGAAUUUAUAUUUUGUCCAACCAGCUGCAGAUCAUUCAUGUGCUUUUAUGAAUGUGAAAUCCCUGUCUGCCCAGUACGUUUCUUUUUUUUUUUAAAAAUAAAUAAAUAAAGUUUUUGGCUCAUCUCUUUUUUCAGCUUCUGGACACUCUGGGAGCUGUUCUCCAAAGCCAAAAGA